CUUCCUCAACAAUUCCAAACACCGUUUCUUUGUUAACCUAGCAAUUCAAUUCGAUUCAAUUCCAUUUAGCUUUCGAUUCAAUUCUAUUUAGCUUUCGAUUCGUAGGUUUUUGAUCGAAGGCGCUUUUGAGGAUCGUCAAUGGCCGGAAAAGGAGAAGGACCGGCGAUCGGAAUCGAUCUUGGAACGACGUACUCGUGCGUCGGAGUGUGGCAACACGACCGUGUCGAGAUCAUCGCCAACGACCAGGGGAACCGCACGACGCCGUCGUAUGUCGCCUUCACCGACAGCGAGAGGCUCAUCGGCGACGCCGCCAAGAAUCAGGUCGCCAUGAACCCGACCAACACCGUCUUCGAUGCCAAGCGUUUGAUUGGACGGAGAUUUUCUGACCCAUCUGUUCAGAGUGACAUUAAGCUCUGGCCAUUCAAGGUGAUUGCGGGUCCUGGUGACAAACCCAUGAUUGUUGUGAACUACAAGGGCGAAGAGAAGCAGUUUGCUGCCGAGGAAAUCUCUUCCAUGGUCCUCAUAAAGAUGCGUGAGAUUGCUGAAGCUUACCUUGGCUCCACCAUCAAGAACGCUGUCGUUACUGUCCCUGCCUACUUCAAUGACUCUCAGCGUCAGGCUACCAAGGAUGCUGGUGUCAUUGCUGGCCUCAAUGUGAUGCGUAUUAUCAAUGAGCCCACAGCGGCCGCCAUUGCUUAUGGUCUUGACAAGAAGGCCACCAGCGUUGGUGAGAAGAACGUGUUGAUCUUUGAUCUUGGUGGCGGUACUUUUGAUGUGUCUCUUCUUACCAUUGAAGAGGGUAUCUUCGAGGUCAAGGCCACCGCUGGUGACACUCACCUUGGAGGAGAAGAUUUUGACAACAGGAUGGUGAACCACUUUGUUCAGGAGUUCAAGAGGAAGCACAAAAAGGACAUUAGCGGCAACCCCAGAGCCCUUAGGAGGCUGAGGACAGCUUGUGAGAGGGCAAAGAGGACUCUUUCGUCCACUGCCCAAACCACCAUUGAAAUUGAUUCACUCUACGAGGGUAUUGAUUUCUACACGACCAUUACUCGUGCCAGAUUCGAGGAGCUCAACAUGGACCUUUUCAGGAAGUGUAUGGAGCCUGUUGAGAAGUGUUUGAGGGAUGCUAAGAUGGACAAGAGCAGCGUUGAUGAUGUUGUCCUUGUCGGUGGCUCCACCAGAAUUCCUAAAGUGCAACAACUAUUGCAGGACUUCUUCAAUGGAAAGGAGCUUUGCAAGAGCAUUAACCCAGAUGAGGCCGUUGCUUAUGGUGCUGCAGUUCAAGCUGCUAUCUUGAGUGGUGAAGGAAACGAGAAGGUUCAGGACUUGUUGCUCUUGGAUGUGAGCCCUUUGUCUCAAGGUUUGGAAACUGCUGGUGGUGUUAUGACUGUCUUGAUCCCCAGGAACACCACAAUCCCCACCAAGAAAGAGCAAGUCUUCUCUACUUACUCCGACAACCAACCGGGUGUGUUGAUCCAGGUCUACGAGGGAGAGAGAGCCAGAACCCGGGACAACAACUUGCUCGGAAAAUUCGAGCUCUCCGGCAUUCCUCCAGCUCCAAGAGGUGUUCCCCAAAUCACCGUCUGCUUUGACAUCGACGCGAACGGUAUCCUAAACGUCUCUGCAGAGGACAAGACAACAGGGCAAAAGAACAAGAUCACCAUCACCAACGACAAGGGAAGACUGUCCAAGGAAGAGAUUGAGAAGAUGGUUCAGGAGGCAGAGAAGUACAAGGCAGAGGACGAGGAGCACAAGAAGAAGGUGGAUGCGAAGAAUGCUUUGGAGAACUACGCCUACAACAUGAGGAACACUGUCAAGGACGAGAAGAUCAGCUCAAAGCUGUCCCCCUCAGACAAGAAGAAGAUUGAGGACGCCAUUGAUGGGGCAAUCCAAUGGUUGGACGGCAACCAGCUGGCGGAGGCUGAUGAGUUUGAAGACAAGAUGAAGGAGCUGGAGAGCAUCUGCAACCCCAUCAUCGCCAAGAUGUACCAGGGAGCUGGUGGGCCAGAUGUGGGCGGUGCCGGCAUGGACGAGGACGAUGUCCCUCCGGCGGGUGGCAGUGGUGCUGGUCCAAAGAUCGAGGAAGUUGAUUAAGAAGCCAGUCAAGCCACUGGUUGCAAGCUUUGUGUGGUCCUGGCUUUCAUGUUAUUUUUUGUGGUUUGAUGUUUUUCCUUUACCGCUUUUUGUUCUGCACUUGCUAGUAAACUCUCGGAAAUAUAUGUAUUUCUCCUAUAUAGGUUGAAUGGGAUGCUUUUCCUUUCUCUUUUUUUUUUUUUUUUUCAUCACUGGUUGAAACGGAAUAUGUAAGUUCUUUCCUGAUCUAGAGUGUCUUCAAUCUCUAUGCCUAAUUCGAACUUUUUAUCCUCAAGAGGAAAUGCCCGAGGAAUUCGAAAAACAAAAAAGUAGUUUCUU